AUGGUCGACUUAGACGUGAACAAGGAGAAUGAGGAGGUAGAGCCCUCGUUCGACGAUCCAGAGGACUUUGAGGAUGAUAUCGCAGAUGAAGAACUGCUCGGCGACGUGCUAAAACAAGAGCCGCUCAUCGACGAGUACGAGGAGAACUGCCUGAUCCUCUUCGGCCUGCCCAUCGUCAACAAAGAGAAGUUCCCAAAGUUGCAGGCCGUCGUCGCGAAGGUGCUCAACGGCAUCAACACGAGCAACAAGGUCGAGUACCCGGUCGAUGCCGAUGGGAAUACAAAGGGUUGUCUCUUCGUCGAAUGGGAGAGCAAAGAUGUUGCCCAGUACGCCCUCACCGUCCUCAACGGCUACCGGCUCGACAAGAACCACGCGUUUUCGGCCAUUUCGAUCGCCGACAUGAAAUCGAUGGAAAAACCCGACGAGGAAUGGGAAGCCCCCAAGCCCAACGAAUAUGUCAAUGUCGGCGAUUUGUGGUCGUGGAUGCAGAACCCGCGGUGCCGUGAUCAAUUCGCCGUCCAGUUUGAGGACAACCACCACGUGCCUCACGUCGGAAUCUACUGGCACGUCAAGGGACACGAGCCCGAAGUCGCCGAUGAGGGCCAGAAACCUAACUGGACCGAGUCCGUCUUCAAAUGGACCCCAUAUGGCAGCUACCUGGCGACGAUCCACGGCCGUGCAAAGAAGGUCAACGGCAUCGCCGUGUUCGACUCGGAGACGCUGCAGCUCGUCGGCAACCGCUACCUUGUCAUCGAGAACAUCAGGCAGUUCAGCUGGUCCCCUGGAGACAAGAAUAUCAUCGCCUACUACUCUGAGGCCAGCGAACCCAUCCCCGCCGAAUUCGGGCUGAUCAGCAUCCCGUCCGGCGAAAAGCUGCGCUCGGGCCGUGUCUUCAACGUGGCGGAGGCGCAAAUGUUCUGGCAAGAAAGCGGAGCACGACUUGCCGUUCAUACAGUCAGGUAUAACAAGAAGACGAUAAAAGAAAACGGCGAGGUGAAAUACGUCGGCGGCGUCAAGUCCCACCUCGAAAUCUUCGAGCUGUCGAACAAGAAGGACAUUGCCAUCAUGCACCUGCCACUUUCCGAGCCGUUCAUCAACUUUGGCUGGGAGCCGAAUGGCGACAAAUUCUGCGUGCUCAUCGGCAGCCAAGCCAAGGCCACCCCGUUCAUCUACCGGAUCGAGCCGCUCAAGCACUCGCCCGUCUGCAUCGGACAGCUCGAAGCCGGCGUGUCGUUGAAUACGGUGUGCUUCGCGCCGGCUGGUGGAUGGCUGGCAAUCCUGGCCCUCGGCUCGACUGGUGGCAACAUCAUCUUCGUCGACACCAACGGCCAAGAGGUCAAGCGCACGUCUAUCGCCGAACAUCCGCUCUUCAACAAGGCCUACUGGGACCCGACCGGCCGGUACUUCGUCUCGUGCUGUGCCGUUGGCGCUCGUGGCAGCGAUUUCGGCUUCCGGUUAUACACGUUCCAGGGCCGUGAACUUCUGCGCAAGAACCUCGACCGCAUGACGCAAUUCAAGUGGCGGCCACGUCCGCCAGUCAAGCUCUCCGAGCAGAAGAUCAAGGAGAUUCGAAAGAACCUGAAGACGACGUCGGCCAAGUUCGACCGCGAGGACAACGAGGAGAAGGUCAAGGCCAGCCAGGAGGUCAUCGACAAGCGCCGGAAGAUCAUGGGCGCGUUCGACGUCAUCCGCCGGCGGAAUCUCGACCUGAUCGAGAAGACGAAGGCCGAUCGACUGCAGUUGCGCAACGGCAUCGACACGGAAGCGGAGGUGCACGACGACGACCUCGUGGAGGAGACGAUCACGAUCGCGCUCUCGACCCAGAAAACCCUGACGAUCCUCUCGGAAGAGGACGAGCGCGAC